AAAGGAGACCUAGCAAUUCGAAACCUAACUAGAAAAAUUCCAUUAGAGAACCCUGUAGCUAUAACAAGUAAUCGUUUGAGAAAACAAAUUGCCACCGUCAUGCAGAUAUUAAGCCUGUCCAAAGAUGAUAUUAAACAGUUUUCCAACUUCAUGGGUCACACAGUUAAAACCCAUGAAGAAUUUUAUGAGCUUCCAGUUGAUGUCUAUCAGACAGCAAAGGUGUCAAAGCUUUUGUUGAUGAUUGAAAAUGGAGUGCCAAUAGAACAUAGAGGAAAAUCCUUAUCAGAGAUUGAGAUCGAUUGUAAAUAUGCCGAAGAAAACGAUAUGAAAUCUUUAGCAAAUCACCACGACGAUGGACUUGUAACUGAGGAAAUUGAGGAGAAUAACGAAAAAGAAGAUAGCGACCAAGAAACGGAAGAUGGAAAGGAGGUAGCAGAAAUGAAUGAAAAGAAGAGGAAACGAAUGAAAUUUAUCCGGCGAAAGGAACAGCCGAAAUACAGAGAAAAAUACACUGACUCAAACAUAGAUGACAGAUCCAAGACCAAAAUAGAGGAAAUGAAGAAUAUUGGACAGGAAAAGGCUGAAGAAUAUUUUGAAGGCAGGAAAAAGAGAAAGAGUGAAAAAUGGUCUCCAAAUGAAGUCUCCCUGUUAAAGAAAACCUUUCAAAAAUACUUGAUUAAGGGCUCAUACCCUUCAACGGAAGAAAUAAGAAAAUUUUUAAACAAGAAUUGCAUUGAUAGGAAGCCAGUGGUGGUAAAAGCAAAGCUUCAGCAUUUGAGAAAGCUUCAACAGUCGCAGAAGUAGUCAUGGUUGCAAUAAAAUAAUGUUCAAUAGAGAUUCGUGUUCAUUUAUAAAAAAAGUUGUAAGUUCGUUUUAAAGUUGCUAUAGAGUAAUGAUUCACCCGAUGUCUAGUUUUUUUACGUUAUUAUACUUUUAACCUUAACUGUUGUUUAUUUAUUAAAAUUAAAACCAUCAAACAAUGGCAUUCUCCUUAAUGAAGAAUAAGCAAUUGUUAAGUAACAUUAGGUAUUUAUCCCAAAUCAAACAUUAAAACUAUUUUAUUUAACAAGUGUAUGAACUGAGUAAAUGGCAACAGCGCGAGAGGUUUCAACGUACGCUCAGUCUAAUAAAUAUAAGGAGGUAAGAGCUACCUGAUUUUAAAAAAUAAAAUAUUUUAGAAAAGUGUUUCCCCUCUAAUG